AAUCUAGAUAUUGGAGUUUGGCUGAAAAGCCGAUGAUUUAGGCACAGAAACGAACGUCAUCUCAAUUCCAAAACUUUCGCUUUUACUGUCCGAGGGAGAACUCAUAGCAAAUAAGUCCAGUUUGGGUUAGAAAAUGAAGCUGAAUUGUAUGCAGUGGCUUCGAAACAAGCAGGGCCAUAUGCUCCUGCAGUUGGUGGUGGCCAUUCUGUUUAUGGGUCUCGCAUUUCGUCUCGUAUUCUUUCGUUCCACAAGACUUCCGCCUGUGUUAGAAGAAAUCCCCCUUGCCGAGAAAACUGAGCUUGCUGAGCCACCCCUUUCUGUGCAAGUUCAGGAAAAUGAAGAUCAGGCUCCUCGCGAAGAAAAUGUUGAAGAAAAGUGUGAUCUUUUUACCGGGGAUUGGAUACCAAACCCAUCGGGUCCACUUUACACUAAUCAGAGCUGCUCAUUAAUUGAAAGUCAUCAGAAUUGUAUGAAUAAUGGGCGGCCUGAUACAGGGUACCUAUACUGGAGAUGGAAUCCAAGAGAUUGCGAGAUACCGCCUUUUGAUCCAGAGAGAUUCCUUGAGAAGAUGAGGCACAAAACAUGGGCACUAAUUGGUGAUUCAAUAUCUCGCAACCAUGUGCAGUCAUUGCUCUGUAUGCUCUCAACGGUGGAACAACCUCUUCAAGUUUACCACGAUGAAGAAUAUAGGUCCAAACGAUGGCACUUCCCCUCAUACAACUUGACUAUCUCGGUAAUUUGGUCCCCUUUCCUUGUGGAAGCUGCUAUUUUUGAAGACUUCAAUGGUGUUUCAACAUCUGAAGUUGAGCUGUAUCUUGACAAAUUUGACAAGAAGUGGACGGAAUCUUACCAGAACUUUGAUUACAUAAUAUUUUCAAGUGGGGAAUGGUAUCUCAAAUCCGCAAUCUAUCAUGAGAACGACACCAUUGUGGGCUGCCAUUACUGUCCUAAAAGGAACUUGACACAGUUGGGGUUUGUUUUCGCUUAUCACAAAGCCCUCCAGUAUGUUUUCAACUUUGUUGCCACGUCCAAUCACAAGGGCCACAUAUUUUUUAGGACUUCCACACCAGAUCACUUCGAGAAUGGCGAGUGGUUUAGUGGGGGGACUUGCCCCAAAACAACACCAGUCAAAGAAGGGGAGAUUGCAUUGAAGGACUUGAACAGGAUUUUGCGCGACGUAGAACUAGAGGAGUUUGAGAAGGCAGCGGCGGAGGCUUCCCAAAAUGGCGUGAACCUCAAACUUCUUGACCUGACCUUGCUAUCAUUGUUGCGGCCUGAUGGGCAUCCAGGUCCAUACAGAGAGUUCCAUCCAUUUGCAGGGGACAAAAAUGCAACAGUUCAGAACGACUGUCUGCACUGGUGCUUACCUGGGCCAAUAGACUCCUGGAAUGAUGUGAUAAUGGAGAUUGUGGUAAAUGGUUAAGAAAUUCAAGCAUAGUUUUGAUGCAUGAAAUAUAUGUUUAGCCAUUUCAGGCUAUGAGAGAAUAUUGGAUGAAGAUUCCUCUUGCCAGACCUGCAGACAAACAAAUGAUAGAUUCCUACCAUCUCUUUCCAGGCAUUCUGUGCUGCGAUUCAUUUCCGCGUCAGGACAGCUUUCACUUGGGUUAUCGGUGAAUUUAAUCAGAGGAUAUUGGUUGUACUUUAUCAUAGUUGACUUUAUUUAUUAAUCACAACUUCUUUAUUUA